AUACCUCGUUCACGAGAGAAGAACCUGUUUCUUAAGAAGAACAUCGGCUUUUUCAUUUCCAGGGGCAACGCGAUCGACGAAGAGUCCCCAAGCUCGAUCACCGGGUCGCUGACAGUGGCCGCAUCGUCCUCGGGGGACAUUUCUCUGGAUGCAUCCGAAAACAUCGAUCAACCACUGCCCUCCAGCACCGCGACUGACCCCACCACCCAAAGAUUCGAACCGAAAGCAAACGAGCGGCACUCUCAAUCCCCGAACAUCCUCAACGAGUCCACCAAACCUCCGGUACAACGAUUCAAAUCGACACCGAUCGACACUCCGACACUUCUAUUAAAAAAAUCAAGUCCAGACAAAUCGUUCGAGCUGCGAAGAUUCUCAGACAUAGAGAACAAAGUGACCAUCAAGUUACCAUCGGGAGAGACGUUGAAAGAUCCGAGGAAUCCUGAAGAAUCCGUCAGAGUUCCGUCGAGCCCCGAGGACACGUCCGACCGAGAGAUCGUCGAGGUUAGAAAGGACAGUGCUCUGUUCCUGGAGGAGGCGCAAGGUUUGCCCGCGCUCCGCGAGAACCUUAAAUCGCGUGGCGCAGGGAUCGUCAGCCCUAGGAGAGGGAGCAGCGGAUACGAGAGCAAUCUGGGGACAUUCGACGAGGACAGAAGGAACUCGUCAUCCGUCGACGUUUUGCAGGACCCGUCGUUUCUGAAAGAGAGACGCAGGUCUUCCGCCAGUCUAAAACGAUUGAACUCGAGAGUGGUGUUGGGCAGAGCCGAGGAGAGUUUAACCGAGGACGUAGAGAUCGAAAGGAUGCCCACUACGGAGGUUCACUGGGAAGUGUCUGGGGCUGGGCUCGAGAUGCCAAACAUCGAGGAGGUUAAAGAGGUUUUUAGAGACGAUACUUCUAUCAAACAGGUGAAGAGAGAUCUGCACUUCCCUCCGAAAAACACGUCGGAGACUACUAUUGAAACAACUAUUGAACAUCAGGACACGUCGUCUGGCCUCUUUGAGUCUUCUCUCGGUGACUCGACCAACCGUCUCUCGUUCUCUCCAGCUUCGAGGAGUUCGACUCAACUAGCUUCACGUUUACCAACACCAACGUUCCUGGAGUCAAGUUCAAGAAACCCUGACAGACUCGGUGGCAAGUCAUGCGACGUUGCUGCGACGAUGGAUUCGACAGGAUCGAGGAACGUAUCUCCGAAUACAUCGUCGCUGAAGAACAGUGCGUCCAGCGAUAUUCAGACGCCGGCGUCUGACAAAACUGCCGACGAUUCGAACGUAAGAGAGGCGAUUUCAUCUGGAGAGGCUGGCACGAGCCAGGGGAGUCACAACGCCAGUCAAAACGUGUCAGUCAGACCUAUUUAUCCGUACUGUCCUUGUUCGCCGUACGGGAGCCCUCAGGGGAGUCCUAGGAACAGAAGGAAGCCUCUGAGAGAGAGCAGGAGAGUUUCCAUCGACAACAAGGAGGGAGCUCUUCAGCUGAAUCAGUAUAAAUUGUUGGACAACAUUGGUCAGGGCUCCUACGGGAUCGUGAAACUUGUUUACAACGAAGAAGACGAGACCCAUUACGCGAUGAAGAUUCUCAGUNAGAAGAAGCUAAUGAAAAAGGCGGGUGUCUUCGGUAGAAUGAUCCCGGGGAAAAAGGGAUCGGCUAACCCUUUGGCCAAGGUUUACAGAGAGAUUGCCUUGUUGAAGAAACUGGAUCAUCCGAACGUCGUGAAACUGGUGGAAGUUCUCGACGAUCCAGACGAGGACAACCUUUACCUUGUCUUCGAACUGGUCCAGAGGGGCGAGAUACUGCAGGUGCCCACCGACAAACCUCUCGACGAGGAAACUGCCAGGAAGAACUUUCGCGACAUCGUGAUGGGCGUGGAAUACCUACAUUAUCAGAGGAUAGUUCAUCGCGACAUAAAACCGAGCAACCUGUUGGUGGACAGUGACGGUCGCAUCAAGAUCGCGGAUUUAGGCGUUAGCACGGAACUGAGGGCGUGCGGAGAAUUACUGUCAGGACCGACCGGAACCCCGGCGUUCGCGGCACCUGAAACUACAAUGCCUGGCGUUCAUUACUCUGGAACGUUAUGCGAUAUAUGGUCGAUGGGAGUGACACUGUACUGUUUGGUGACCGGAAGAAUCCCCUGGGAUGGCACUGGAAGUAUAAUUGGCGUGCAAGCGGCGAUACGCAACGAACCGCUAAAAUUUCCAGAAAAGCCGGUCAUUUCGAAAGAUCUCCGCGAUUUAAUCUCGAGGAUGCUGAACAAGAAUUCGCUCGAGAGAAUCACGUUGUCAGAGAUCAAGGAGCAUAUCUGGCUGACAAAUUGUGGCGCUGAACCACUGCCAAGUGAGGCUGAUAACUGUCAACUUCCGGUUACCGUUACGGACGAAGAAGUGGAACGAGUUGUCACGAAGAUACCCAAGCUCGUCACACUGAUUCUUAUCAAAACAAUGCUGAGACAGCACAGCUUCCAAAAUCCUUUUCUACCGAAGGAAAGUGAAAAAACGACAGGUACCGAGGAGACCUCGCCAGAAAGGAAGACGACAAAAAAUCCAAUGUGGGAACGAUUUUCAAAAACAGGCAGGAGCAAGUCCGCGCCGGGUUUUUACAACUGGCAAACAAAUCGCAGACAAUUAUCCAUAAACAGUCCUCUAUCUCCGGUGAUGGAAGCGCCGAAUCAAGAAACGGAGGUCGAGGAACGGCACGAAAAAUCUCGAAACUGACACAUCGAAGGAAAUCACGAUUGACACACGCAGAACGAGUCGACUUAAUAAAUAAUGAUCGAGUAAAAGUGUCUAUUUUUAAAAUAGCGUUAACACUUUGUGCGUUCUUUUACACGAAAAUUAAAAUUAAUUAACAAAUCUCGUUAAAUAUA